AUGAUCGCAGUGGAUACCUCGGCCCUGAUGGCGAUCCUGCUGGACGAAGAGGAGACGGCGGCCUGCGCGGAGGCCCUGACCUCAAACGAUCCGAUCGUGAUGUCCGCCGGAACCGUCGCCGAGGCAUUGAUUGUCGCAGAGAGGCGAAGUCUUGGCGUUGAAAUGGCCACGCUCAUCGAUGGGCUCGGCCUGGAGAUCGAAAACGUGACGCUGGGCGCGGCGCGGCGCGUGGCGGGCAGCUACGCGCGAUGGGGCAAAGGCGUGAACCCCGCCGGACUGAACUUCGGCGACUGCUUUGCCUAUGAAGUUGCAAAGACGCGCGAUUGCCCCUUGCUCUAUGUCGGCGCGGAUUUUGCGCGAACCGAUGUCAAGAGCGUGUUGUGA